ACAGUCAGAGAGAGGAGUGUGUUCAGCAGAGAGAGACUGAACCGACGCCUGGAACACGAUGGACGACUACAACCUUCCCUUCUGGAUCUACCUGGCCGUGGUGACGGUGUUUGUGGGCGGGGCCAUGAAGAAGAUCCUGGCGUCCCACCUGAGCGCGGGGCCCACCCUGGUGGCCUGGCUGGGGGCCACGGUACUGGUGGAGCGGCUGUGGGCGUUCUGCCUGCCGGCCGUGCUGCUGCUGGUUCUGCUGGCCGUCGUCUACUGCGUCCGCUCCGACUCCGGGACCGGCCUGCCCGCGCAGGGCAAGGCCGUCUUCAUCACAGGCUGCGACACCGGCUUUGGGAAUGCUGCAGCGAAGCAUCUGGACUCUCUGGGUCUGGACGUUUUCGCCACCGUUCUGGACCUGACAGGAGACGGAGCCAGAGCUCUGCGGAGAAGCUGCUCGUCCCGCCUCACCCUCUUGCAGGUGGACAUCACGCAGCCGCAGCAGGUGCAGCAGGCGCUGCUGGACACCAAGGCCAAGCUGGGCCUCCGAGGUCUGUGGGGUUUGGUCAACAACGCAGGAGUGUGUGUGAACUUGGGAGACGCAGAGCUGUCCCUGAUGUCCAACUUCAGAGGCUGCAUGGAAGUCAACUUCUUCGGCACGGUGAGCGUCACCAAGAGCUUCCUGCCGCUGCUGCGACAGGCCAAAGGUCGCAUCGUCAACAUCUCCAGCCCAGCUGGUGACUGGCCCUUUAAUGCAUCACAUCAGACGAGUUUGGCAGCAUUACUAGUCGUUGUAGUAAAAUUUGUCUAGACAGAUGAUGCUGUGACUAUGUCGGUUGCCAAGGUAACACUAUCUUCUCUCCCAGCUCCCUCCAGCAACAACGCCUACUGGGAGCAGCAACACCAGCAGCUCCUCCAGAGUCUGCCUCCGGCGCUGAUGGAGGAAUACGGCGAGGACUACAUCACCGAGACCAAGGACCUGUUCCAGAGCUUCGCCGAGCACGCCAACCCAGACCUCAGCCCCGUGGUGGACGCCAUCGUCCAUGCGCUGCUGUCGCCUCAGCCGCAGGCGCGCUACUACGCCGGGCCUGGCAUCGGCCUCAUGUACUUCAUUCACAGCUACUGCCCACUCAGCAUCAGCAACCGCUUCCUGCAGAAACUCUUUGUGAAGAAGACGCUGAUGCCGCGCGCGCUGAGGAAGCAGUCGGGUCUGGAGGCGAACCUCAGCCUCAACAACAACAACGAGGAGAAAUUGCAGCCGCUUUAAAGAGUAGAGUACCACUCCAGUAACACUCAUAGAGCCAGACCCCUCCUGUUUGUUCUGUAACUGUUUGACUCCGCCCACCUAGGAGACUACUCACCUGGAAGUAAGUGCGGAGCCUGUUAGAUGUAGCAGCAUGAGUUGAUCAGAGAACAGCAUCAGGUGUGCUCUGAGUGCCUUCAGAAGCCUCAUGCCACACAUGGACCAAAGGGGGCGCUCAAGUCAAUCAUUCUGUCACCGGCUCCUUCGACUCCACCCGGUUGGCAUGUCUGAACUCCGAAAGUGAGCGCUCUCAGUCAAACAAGCUACUGCCCGACCAUCAGCCUCUCCGUUUCACCUCAGCACACUCCUCUGAAAGGAUGUGGCCAAUCACUUCAAAAUAAAAGUCCCCAUACGAUGGAAGACAUUGGUGAUACCAAGCCUCAGUCCUUCUGCGUUAAAGCUGCUGUACCUGUAGCACAUUGCAACAGCCUAAGGCACAUAUUUAAUGAAAAAUAUCUACUUAAUCAGACACAUGCUCCAGACUUUAUGCCUGAAUGUAACAAUCAGAUCACCAGAUCGAGAAUGUCCUAAAACAUCCCGGCUCUGGACCAGAAAUGUUUUAAUCCGUCCCAGUUUGUAGCAGAUUUACAGAGCCAGUCUGGUACCGUGUACUGGAGGACACAUCUGUGUGAGAGAGACGGUGUGUGUGUGCCGAGUCUGAAGAACCAUCUGUGGAAACGUCCCAUUAUAUUGUUUUAUAAUCCAACUAUUUAUGGUGUAUUUUCUUCUAUCACUUAAACUGUGAAUUUUAUACAAAAAAUGAAAAACUGCAACAAAAAUAUAUGUUCACUUUGUUUAUUCUUUCAUAGAAAUAAAGCUGACUUUUUCAGACAUGA